AUGACAAAGCAACUGUCUAAAGGAAAACAGCCAGCCGUCAUUGAACCAAGAAGGAAGAUGGACUGGAAGGUUGUAGUAUGUCCAGGAGAUAACAUUCCUCCUAGUGGUCACAAGAUGGAGACGGAUGCUAGGGAGUACUUGGAAGCCAAGAGGGCAGCUGCUCUUCAGCGUUCGGCCUCAGGUCAGAAUCAUGGAGUCCCCCCAUUCCCAAAGGUUAAGCUCCCGACGAUCGAGCCUUUCGAUGGCACUACGGAUCCAGAUGAUCAUUUAUCAGCAUACAAACAUCAAAUGUACUUUCAGGCGGUUGAUGAUGCUACGUGGUGUAAGAACUUUCCAGCCACGUUGAAAGGGGUAGCUCAAAAAUGGUUUAACAAUCUUCCUCCUAACUCGGUGAAUAAUUUCACUGAGCUUAGUAUCUUAUUUAUUACUAGCCAUUUUGUAGCAAAUCGACAGGAGCAGAAGACCAGCAUGCAUUUGGGCAAGGUCAUCCAAGGGCCUAAAGAAGCCCUGAGAAGCUAUGUGAAGAGAUUUAGCCUGGAAGCAUUGCAGAUCCAUCAUCUGAAUGCGGGAGUGGCUUUUGACGCUUUCAUUCGGGGUCUAAGACCAGAAAGUUUUAAGUUCAAUUUGGUAAAGAAGAAGAUAUCCACCCUAACUGAGGCCCUUCAGGAGGUCGAGGCAUUUAUUCAUGCUACGGAAGUUUGUGCGGAAGCAAAACAUCCAGAGAUAAAGAAAAUUGAAGAAACCAUUCAACCAAAAAAGAGCAUCCCCAAGAAAGCUGAAACUUGGGCGGUGACUUCAAUGACAACUUCAUCCAAACGAAGCAAAAGAUCUGAGCCAGAAUCAUCAGUUGAGCCUAUAGAGUUCAGCAAGGAUCAGUACUCCAUUCUCAUGGAGAUCAAAGAUCAAUACGAACUAAAGGCGCCAGUUGAAAUGAAGACGCCCUACAGAAACAGGAUAAUAGCAAGUACUGCCAUUUCCACAAAGAUUGUAGUCACGAGACGAACGGAUAAAAAGGAUAAUCGUCAAGGGAGAAGAAAAGAUGAUGAAAGCACUGAUGAAGAUGUAGUGCUAGUGAUUUCUGGAGGAUUCGCAGCAAGGGGACCUACCAAUCGCGGCCACAAAAACUAUUUACGGGAACUCAGUCAGCUAAUGCUUACCAAUCAGGCAGAAUCUGAUCCUUUCCCUAAAAUUAUGGUUAGCAAGCUGGAUCGCGGGAAGAUAAGAACACCCCGUGACGACCCACUGGUGGUAGAGAUGAAAAUAGCAAAUCUCAGGGUAAGACGGAUCUUGAUUGAUACAGGAAGUUCUACCGAUAUCAUCAGUACGGAUUGUCUGUCAAGAUUGAAGUUUGACGAGAAUAAUCUAGUUUUAGUCAAUCAUCCAUUGGAUUCGGAGGAGGAAUCAUUCAUCCGAUGGGAACUGUCACCUUGCCCGUCAGGGUAG